UAUCUGCCUGCGCUCGUAUAUGCCUACAACAAUUCUAAGAAUUCCACUACAGGGGUGGAGCCAUUUUUCUUGAUGUUCGGUAGAAAUGGCCGUUUUCCACAUGGCUUGGUCUUAGGCGUGGAAGCCUCCCCCAAGAGUGGUAGAACCCUUGGAUCUUAUGUCUCAAGACACCAGAAGGUCCUAAAGGAAGCUCGGAGAAUUGCAAGUCGCAACACUGAACUUGCAGCGGCAGCUCGACAGGCCCGACAAGCUCGCCACAGUUUUGAGAAACCACUCGAAGUGGGCCAUUAUGUUCUGGUGCGCCAACAUGGACUCAGAGGCCGAUCCAAGAUUGCAGAUCAUUGGCUCGACGAACCACACCUGGUAAUCAAACGGCCAUUCCCAGAUCGCCCAGUGUAUGUGGUGCGGAGCCACCUUGGUCAAGAAAGAGUCGUACACAGAACAGCGCUCAAACACUGUCCUUGGCUCCCUGAAAACCGACCUGUUGAGUCGUCAUCAGACAGAGCAAGUGAUUCUGAGACCGACUCUUCGUCCUGCCCCAGGGCCUAUAUGCUCCGUCCCCGUGCUACUACCAUCAAGCCAGGUCAGCUGCCAAUCGGUGUGGAAAAUGCUCCUUCCUCCGAUGAGUCUGAUCGACCCCAACCACAGGUUAAAGAGGAGGAAGAGGCGGUACCAGAGGAGAGUCCCAAACCUUCAGCAGUAGAUACUGCCCAGAAUGGGUCUACUUCUGCAGCUCUGCCCAGGCGGUAUCCUGUUCGGAGCACACGAGGAGUGUUGCCAGAUCGUUUUUAGUAAUUUGUUGCUAUUUUGGAAAGCGUUUUCGCAUUUUCUCUUGUUCGAUUAUGGAUGCUGUGCAUCCCCAAGGAGAGCUUAGUGGUCCACUGUUUGAUCCAGGUUCUCUGGCCUUUGGUUACUGACCCUUCUGUUCAGAUCCCCAUCAUCGAGGACGAUGAUGACUAGGCGUGGAAGAGUUGUAAUGGUUGUGUUGAUUAUAUUUCUUGUUCUUCUAUAAAGACCCCUUUCUCUGGUUGUUUAUUCACUACAAACCUUGCAUUUACUUUGUUAUUUAUUCAUGUGACUUGAGGGAAGUCUACUCAGUGUGACUCGAGACAAGGCUAUACAAAGUAUUGAUUUUUCUAGUGGAGCCAAAAAUAGUAUUGAUUUAUGGAGCUGUGAUUUUGAACUUGUAUUUUGUGAAUAUUUCUUAGUCAAGGAAAAUGAACAUUAUGUUUAGAUUUUAAAGAAGAAUUAUGCUUAUCUUGAUUAGAAAUGUGUAUUAUCAAAUUAUUUGUCAUCAUAGGUUUGGCUUUAGAUCACUUUUGUGGAUUGUUCACUUGACGUGAACUGCACGUUGUUAAUUCACAGCUCCCAAACCAUGCGGUCGCGGCAAGGCCUAGGCUAGGCAGUGCCUGCCCGAUCUUUACAGGUGGCCCCACCUGGGCCGAUUCAGUUUGAAUAAACAAUCAGAG